AUGGAGAGCACUUUCAGGCACAUAGCCAGGAUUUCCAGCAUUACUGCCAGGAUCAUGGGGAAAUUUAAGGCGCUGGUGCAGAACGUGAAAAACCCCAACUCACAGGAGGCUGAAGCGCAGCAAACCAGGGCUGUUGCAGGAAAGGCCACUGGGUCUGCAAACAUGAUGAAGAAAAAAGCCUCACAAAAGAAGCAGAGAGGCAGACCUUCAUCGCAGCCCUGCAGGAACAUUGUGGGCUGCAGAAUUUCACACGGAUGGAAGGAAGGUGAUAAACACAUCACUCAGUGGAAAGGAACUGUUGUGGAUCAGAUGCCUAUAAAUCCUUCACUUUAUCUGGUGAAAUAUGAUGGAAUUGAUUGUGUCUAUGGACUGGAACUGCACAGAGAUGAAAGAGUUUUGUCUCUUAAAAUUCUUUCUGACAGGGUGGCAUCAACUCAAGUUAGUGAUGCUAACCUGGCAAAUACCAUAAUUGGUAAAGCUGUGAAACAUAUGUUUGAGGAUGAGCAUGGUUCUAAGGAUGAAUGGAGAGGAAUGGUGUUAGCCCAAGCACCGAUCAUGAAAGCCUGGUUUUAUAUUACCUAUGAGAAAGACCCUGUCUUGUACAUGUACCAACUUCUAGAUGAUUAUAAAGAAGGAGACCUCCGCAUCGUGCCAGAGUCCAACGAAUAUCCUCUCACAGAAAGGGAGCCAGGAGGAGUUGUAGAUGGUCUGAUAGGUAAACAUGUGGAAUAUACCAAAGAAGAUGGCUCCAAACAGAUCGGAAUGGUCAUUCACCAAGUGGAAGCCAAACCCUCUGUGUAUUUCAUCAAGUUUGAUGAUGAUUUCCAUAUCUAUGUCUAUGAUUUGAUGAAACAGUCCUAA